AUGUGUUACUAUGGUGGAUACUAUGGUGGCCUGGGCUAUGGCUAUGGUGGCCUAGGCUAUGGCUGUGGCUAUGGUGGCUAUGGCUGUGGCUAUGGUGGCUAUGGUGGCUAUGGUGGCUAUGGUUAUGGCUGCUGCCGCCCACUGUGCUGUAGAAGAUACUGGACCUGUGGCUUCUACUGA